AUGUAAUAAUUAAGUAAAGAGCUGAAUGCUCUGAUUAGUAAGGCCAUUCAAUUCAACACUAAAUUAGAUCCUUUUACAACAAAUGAACUCUUUCUAAAGUGGAGAAGCAUUAGCAAUGGUGAGAUUGAUAACAUCAACUAAUUUAUAAAUAUCGGAAUCGACAUAGUGAAAUUGUAGAAUAGAUACUCCAGGAACAUAAAAAAAUCUUAUUCCUUACUAAAUGAAUACAUAUAAAAGUACUCAAAGGACCUUCAGAAUCAAACGUGUGGGAAUUACUUAAGUUUGGCAAGGUCAACUCAUCUUAAUGAUCAAUUGAGUCUCUAACUCAUUUAUAAUCAAAUAAAGGUUGAUUCAGGAGUAGAAUUCUCUGUUUUAAAAUAUUGUGCUGAUUUGCAAUGUAAUGACAUGGAGCUUGUAUCCUAAUUAAUUGAUAAUUUGCAUUACAAAGUAGAUGCUUAGUUAUUGAAUCAAUAUUUGUAUUGUUUGUUUGUGUUAUUCCCUCAUGAUCAAAGUUCAUUAUUAAUCAAUUUGAUUAAGGACAAGAAUGUGUCAGAAAUAACUCCAUCAAAUUUCUUGUUGAUGUCUGAGUUAUAUCAAAAUAAGAAUAUUCCCAUCCCUGAGAGUUGGAAGAUAGGAGGUUAAGAUUCCAUAUUAUAGAAGAAUAAGCAAUCACAUUUGCAGAAGGAAGUAUAGUUGUUGUUGAAUGUGGUUAAUUUGUCUUAUGAACAGGAGAAAUUGAUUGAUGACCUCUAUUAAAUAGACUUUUUCUUGCCCCAAUAUAAUCAGAUCUUAGAAGUAAAUGGACCUCAGCAUUACGUAUUCGAUAUAGAAUAAAACAAUUCUAAGAUAUUUACUGGAAAACACUAUUACAAAUAAAUGUGUCUGUCAGCCUUGGGAUAUGAUGUGAGAAAUUUGUGUUUCUUAGAUUUUUACAAGGCGAGGGGAGUGACAGCCAAAUUAAUAUACUUGAAGUCUAUCUUAGAGUGA